AUGGUUGUUGAAGACGCGUUUGGCAUUUUAUCUAAUAAAUUCAGAAUUUUGCAUUCACGCAUAGAUUUACAAAAUGAGAAAGCAAAAAUUGUCGUGAUGGCUCGUGUGCAUCUGCAUUAUUUUAUAAGGAGAAAUGAAAGAAUGACUGGUGGAGUUUUGAACGAAGAACAACAAAAUAUUCCCCAGAUCGCUCUAAAUGUAGAACCAAGUGUAAUUAGAAAUGAGCUAAAAUGUUAUUUUCUAUCGGAACAAGGUCAGCUUCCUUGGCAAUAUCAAAUAUAA